AUGGAAAACCCGUCACAAAUAUGCCAUCUCCGCCCGCCCGCCCCACCGCCGGACACCCAGCACCAGCACGGGAUCCAUUCUCCCUCUUCAACAAGUAUUGACCUGCACUCCCGCAACCCCUUGGAUUAUUUCCGACAGGCGAUCGCCGAUCAGGUCUCUGAGAUCCUCGCAGUAGACCGGCAGCUCGUUUUCGAAAGCCUCGACCGCGCAUCUCUUGACAAAGCCGAUCUGGUCUUGGCCACUCCCCGCCUGCGCCUACGGGGGGUAAACGGUGCUGAUGUUGCGGCAAAGGUAGCCGCCGAGUUUCGAUUGCUCGACAGCGCCAAGGUCCUGGCCCCCACCGCCGACGGCAUCCACGUUCGAUUCUUCCUCAGCCCUAGCGAGCUCCCUUCCACUCUCCUACCGUUCAUCCUCCAUCAGGGGGACAACUAUGGCUUCGACCCGAGCCAUGGCCUUCGGGAUCCGUCAGAUCCAGAGGCGGGAAGAAAGACGGUGCUCGUUGAAUUCUCUAGUCCCAACAUUGCCAAGAAGUUCCAUGCCGGCCACUUGCGAAGCACCAUCAUCGGAGGCUUUCUCUCGAAUCUUUAUGAGAGAUCAGGCUACAAUGUAGUCCGCAUGAAUUAUCUGGGGGACUGGGGUCGCCAGUACGGUCUUCUUGCUUGUGGCUGGGAACGGUACGGUGAUGAGGCCGCUUUUGCAGCGGAUCCAAUCGGGCACUUGUUCGACGUCUAUGUCAAGAUCAGUGCCGAUUUCGAGCCGGAAGAGGCGGGUUUCAAGGCGGCCAGCAAGCGAGGUAAUGAUACCUCGGAGCUGGAGAACAAGGGCCUCCUCGGCCAGGCCAAAGCCUACUUCAAGCGUAUGGAAGAUGGCGACCCGGACGCCUUGCAGCUGUGGGCACGUUUCCGGAGUCUCAGUAUCGCCAAGUACCAAGAGACAUAUGCGCGGCUGAACAUUCACUUUACGGAUUAUUCUGGCGAGUCCCAGGUGAAGCAGGAAACGAUGGAGAGUGUCGAAAAUAUCCUCCGAGACCAGGAGAUCAGCCAGGCCAAGGACGGCGCUCAGGUGGUGGAUUUCGCUAAGCACGGUGCCAAGUCCCUCAACGUGGCCGUCAUCCGAAACCGAAACGGAACUUCCAACUAUCUUCUUCGAGAUGUCGGCGCUGCUGUGCAGCGACAUGACCAGUAUCACUUUGACGAGAUGAUCUACGUUGUGAUGGCCGAGCAGGAAACCCAUCUGCGCCGACUGUUCAAAGUCCUGCAGCUCAUGGGUGGCAGAUACGAGCUGCUCUCCAAGUCGAUGAAACAUGUCACCUUUGGCAAGGUCAUGGGCAUGUCAACCCGCAAAGGAACUGUCAAGUUUCUGGAUGACAUUCUUGCAGACGUUGGUGACUUCAUGCACGGCAUCAUGCGUCGAAACGAGGACAAGUACAGCCAAGUCGUCGAUCCCGAUCACACGGCAGAACUUCUCGGAAUAUCUUCCAUCAUGGUUCAAGACAUGACCGGGAAACGAUGUCACAACUACGAAUUCAGCCUCGAGCGGAUGACAUCCUUUGAAGGAGAUACAGGACCGUACCUUCAGUACGCUCACGCAAGACUGUGUUCCAUCUUUCGAAAGGUGGAUAUAUCCCGUGACGAGAUGCUGCGGGCGGACUUUUCCGUCCUAUCUAGCUCGCCCAAAGCCGUCAAUCUCCUGCGCGUCAUGGUACAGUAUCCUGACACGGUGAAGCAGGCGCUCCGGACUCUGGAGCCUACCACCAUCCUGACCUACCUGUUCAAGCUUACCCAUGAGCUUAGCUCUAGCUAUGAUCAUCUGAAAGUCUUGAACCCUCCGGAAGGACGCGUCACCUUGGUGGCCCGGGCGGCGUUGUAUGAGGCUGCCCGUCAGAUCCUCUGUAGCGGACUUCGGCUGCUCGGCCUGACGCCGAUCGAACGGUACGAACACCCUGCUCGAUUCUAA